UAUCGACAAAUAUCAAUGUAUCGUUUUACGUUAUGAAGUCGAUGGUGCAUUUAAAGAUUUGCUCUUGAAGAUUCAGCCAAUUAUUCAAUUAUUAUUUUCUUUACAUUUGUAUGGUAUUUUUUAUCCUCGGGAAUAGCUUAUGAAGUGAUUUACGUAUAUUCAAUUUCAACUUCUGUCAUGACUGAAGAGCAGGCCAUAAUGAAACAAGAAGAGAUUCUAGUGCCCGAAGACCCAAAUAAGGGUUAUUCAGCUGAUGUGAAACAGGAGACUCCAAAUGAAUCUCUGAAUAGUAGUAAUGAAAAGGAAGAGUGUGAUCAGCCGAUGAGGAUAUUGCUGCCAGAAAUUAAAGUGGAGGUUCCUGAUGUGGAGGAGGAGGAAACUGUGGUGGGAAGGGGUGAAGUGGUAAGUGAAGAUAGUGAUAUGAAAAAUGAAGGAGGAGGAGAAGCUGAUAUACAAGUGAAGAAAGAGCAAGAAGUAAUGGAAGAAGUGGAUGACACUGGUGGGGGAUCGGUGUCGGAUGUUACACGAUCCUCAGCUACCCAGAAAGAAGCAUCCACGGAAGCGGAGUACAUCACGCCGGACGAUCCGUCCGGGCAGGAGGGCUUGUGGCGCUCUGGCGGCGGCAACGGCGCGAGCGCGAACGACGUGGUGCGGACGGCAUCCCCCGUCGCGGAGGACCCCGAGAAGCCGUUCAGCUGCGCGACGUGCGGGGCUGCAUUUCGCCACCGCUCCAACAUGCUGCGCCACCAGCUGACGCACGGCGCGCAGAAGCCCUUCGGCUGCGAGCUGUGCGGCAAGCGGUUCACGCAGUCGGGCAACCUCAAGGUAGAACAUGGCCCGCGCUUCGUGUGCGAGCACUGCGGCAAGGGCUUCGCGCGCGCCAGCAAGCUGUCGGCGCACCGGCCCGUGCACACGGGCGAGCGGCCCUUCGCCUGCGGCGUGUGCGGCGCCACCUUCGGCAACUCCACGCUCAUGCGCGUCAACCUGCGCACCCACGAGCGCUCGCACGCGCCGCCGUCGGAGCGCGCGCACGCGUGCGCCGAGUGCGGCCAGCGCUUCGCUCUGCGGCGCACCUGCGAGCGCACGCUGGCACCUGCGCAGCAGAGGCCACGCACUUUGCGCGAUGACGCGGACGGCGCCAGCUCCGAGGGCGUGCCGCCGCGCGCCGAAGCGCCGCGGCGCCAGCGAGGAGGAAGGAGGAGGAGACGACGAGGACGACGUCAGGAGGACAACGACGAGGAGGUCGACGGCACAGACGACGACAGAGACGAGGAGCAGACGGUGGCGGUGGACCCGCUAGCGAGCCCCGGGGAAUCCCCGAAGAACUCGCCCAACCGUCCUCUCGCUCCAGCGGCGGCUUCGCCUGUCGGCGCCGGCCUGCCCUAAGUAUCUGGCUAGGAAGCGGCGGAGAACUGGUCUCAGACGGUGCUGAGCACCCAGAGGGGGGCAGUGUAGUUCCUAGAGCUGGCAAGCUCUCAUCCAGUGGCUUUGUUUUACGGCGAGCAGUUUCUGCUCCUGAUGUCUGCCCGCCGAAAGGAUGUUUUGACCUCAGGCUGCUGUCUGGUAGCGAACUCUGUAGAGUUGCCAGGCAUCGCAGCACACCGAUGCAGUGGAGCUUUCAUGAUGUGGGAACACUACCGUUCAUUCCCUCAGUGGCGUAGCGUGUUGGGAGCGGCAGGGGCACCACUUUUAGACAGAAGUAGUAUGGCGGGUUAUAUUACACCCUAGGGUAUCUCUCGCAUCCCAGCCUCCACAUCUCUCUAUCGGUGUAGUCUUAAUUACUCAAUCCCCUUUUCACCAUUGCCUCCUCCCCAUGUAAGCCUGGGUCUUCCUCUUCUUCGAUGGGUAGCUGGUUGCCAUUUCCACAAUAUUUUUUGGCCAACGCUCUUAGUUUAUUCUUCGCAUGUGCCUAUACCGUUUUAGUCUUUUCACUUCUAUGGU